AUGAACAAGAAUUGCGCACCACCAGCUGCUGCUGAUGCAACUGAGGCCACGGCGACACAAGUAGCACCACCUCUAUCUAAACGGAAACGUAAGAAGUUGGCUGAUUCGGGUGUGGGCGCUUCCGGUGGGAGCGUGACAACUGAGCCGCAGAAGCCACCCGCGAAGAAGAACUUUGAUCUGGGCCAUCCAGACCAGGCUCAGAUUAAUAUCCAGGAGGAGGGUCAACGAGAGCUGAUUUGA